AUGUUUUAUCAAGGAACACUCCAGGAAGGCAUCUCUACGGCCGUCAGCCAGCAAAAGCUGGUCCUGUGCUUCGUUGCAGAUGACAGUGACGAGAGCUCGCAGUGGGAAACCGAAUUCCUGACCGAUGAUACGCUGAGCGGCCUAAAGGGACACGCCGUUUUUUUACGGUUGAUAGCGGGAUCUGAAGAAGCUGGUCAUUUGGCCCAGAUCUUCCCACUACCGCGGACUCCCACGGUUGUUAUCAUCAAGAAUGGUGAAUUAAAGGAGUACAUCGCACCGGGGACCAGAAAGGACGAGUUCCUACGCAGGGUCAAGGAAGCGUUCAACUCUUCAGCGACGCCUCAGCCGGCGCCGGCUCAACCAGUCCAAGUUGCCCCUCCUCAACCAGUGACACCCACAGCGCCAGAACAGACACAAACAACUGUGUCCUUAUCGACAUCCGAAAAUGUCCGUCGGAUAUUGUCCGAGAGAGCUACCAGACUCCAGGCGCAAAGGGAAGAGAAUGAGCGCAAAGUCAAAGAAGAACGCGCCAGGACCAAGGAGAGGGCCAAAGCCGAAGCCGAAGCUGGAAUGAACACCGACAAUGCCCGAGCUCACAAGGCUGCCGAGGCAGUAAAGAAGAAGAGACAGCAGGACCAAGAGGAGCGAGCCAGAAUUCUCAAGCGAAUUGAAGAUGACAAGGCAGAACGACGCAUGCGCGCGGAGGAGCGCGAGAAGCAACGACGUGGCAGUAUGAAAGGUGGCGAUGUUGCAGCGUCCUUGGUCAGCGCACCAGAAACCAAGCUGGCGGAUUCGACAAAGACAGGCGGAAUGACAGCUCUUCAAGUGCGCCUCUUUGACGGAUCAACAUUGAGAUCGCGCUUCAAGACGAAUGCGCCCCUCAAGGAGAUUAGACAGUGGGUGGACGAGAACCGAAAUGACGGAGCGCAGCCGUAUACCUUUAAGCAAGUCCUUACGCCUCUGCCCAACAAAAACAUUGACGAAACAGAAGAGGACAAGGCCAUCGGCGAGCUCGGCCUUUCCCCUUCAUCGACACUGGUCCUCAUCCCCGUCAAAAAGUACACGUCUGCCUACAAUGAUGACUCGCAAGGUAUUGUGUCAAGAAUCAUUGGCUUUAUUCUUAGCAUAUUCUCCUGGAUUUUCGGUCUUUUUUCAUCCGACGAACGAGGAUCCGUCGGACCUACCAGUUCCCGAGAACGGUCCCGAAUUCGGGAGUUCCAGAACCCGAGCGACCAAAGAGAUCAACAGUUGUACAAUGGAAAUUCGCUGAAUUUUGAACCACGACCAGAGGAGGAGAAAGACAGUUGA